GGACCAACCCACUGGCUCUGGCUCUGGCUCCUCCCGGUUGCAGUUGCAAGCUGACCUCGCUGCUGCUGCCACCACUCACUGCUCUGCCAGUUCUUUCCCUCGACCUCACACAGUAGCAAGCUAUUAAGAGCACUCCCCGGAGUUCACCAGCUAGGUUUAAGGCAUUGAAACCCUAUCCUUUUCAGGUCCCUCUCGCCUUUUCUUUUCCUCCCUUGGCUCCUAUUUCCGUUUGCAGACCGGAGCUCGCACACACGUACUACUACAUAUAUACCCAAGUUCUGCGAGAGGCCGAGGCCGAGGCAGGGACGACGACGAAGAAGAAUAAUCCACCAGGAGCUGUAUAGUAGCAUCAUCCAAGCACGUACUCUCUGAGCUAGGACUCGCCGGAGAUGUCAGGCCGCCGCGGCAGGAUCAGCGACGACGAGAUCAACGAGCUAAUCUCCAAGCUCCAGGCGCUCCUCCCGGAGUCCUCACGCCGCCGGAACGCGAGCCGGUCGUCGGCGUCGAAGCUCCUGAAGGAGACGUGCACCUACAUUAAGAGCCUGCACCGGGAGGUGGACGACCUCUCGGAGCGGCUGUCGGGGCUCAUGGCGACCAUGGACAACGACAGCCCCCAGGCCGAGAUAAUCCGGAGCCUACUCCGGUGACCGCCAGGCCGGGCCCUCCUGCCGGCUACCUAGUUAGCUGCAGCGGGCCGCGCAGCUGAAUUAUAUUAGUGAAGACGACGAAUUGAAGGAGCUUGCUCGCUCGCUUGCUACGACCUUUUCAUUUUUUUUUUCUCUUCUUCUUCCUCCAGUAUGUGUGUGUGUGUUUGUUUCCGUACCUGCUGUCUUAUUAAUCCAAGGACCCUCAUCGUUCAGAAGACAACGAACGAAGGGCUAGCUCUUGGUGUACCAGAGGGGUUAGUAGAGAUAUAUAUGGACUUCUAUUAACCGACCAAGCAAGGUACUGCUGGUAGCUUGUAGUAGCUCGUCAUCUGUACGUAGUAGACUGUAGCUGUUAUUCAGAGUUGCAGAUGCAUCCUAGCUAAGAGUUUAUUUUUGCUUUGUAAAUCGCCUGUUGUUGCUCUGCUUCUCCUUGUCUGCUCUGUCCUUGCUCUGCUUAACGACGACCACUCUGGAGACAAAUAUAUAGCACCAUCAUGUGUUUCCCCUA